AUGGACAUGAGCCAGAGCAUGAGCCAGACCCAAAAUCACAUGCUGCACGGGCCUGCUCCUGAAGACCGCCAGCUGCCGCCAUCCUCAUCGUCCCUCGCACACACGCACCACAUUCUCCCACCUGCUUCUGCAUCUGCGUCUGCUUCCACUUCUACUUCCACCAUCUCUAAACCCAACAAGCACGUCCUCUCCCACGCUCGCUUUAAUCCGACACACCUCCCGUCCCAGCUGCCUUCAUAUGCUCCCCCGAGCUAUGCGCAUGCCCAAUCCCACGAUCCUAACCUGCUGAGGUUUCCCGACGUCCCGACUACCGAACUUGCACCCAUCCUUCCCGCCGCCAAACACAAUGACAACAUUGGUCACAACUUGCCAUCUCUCUCGUCCGUGACAGGCCCUUCGCCCCCGCGAUUCGCUUCCAUCCUUACCCCAUCACAAUCCACUGAAACGCAGCAACACCAGCAGCAACACCAACAGCCACAACCUCAAUCAACCACAUCCUCCCUGAAGCGGUCAUCGACGACGACAGUGCCCCUCACACACUGGCCGAGCCUCAACCCUCUUACGACGUACUAUACACCUAGUCAUGCCCAGUCCGCCGACUCGCCUGCGAGAAUGGACCUCGACAUAAUUAGUAAUAGUGCCAUGAGCGCAGCAUCUCCAGACGGUUUCUACGAGGGACGCGCUGCCAGUGUCAGCCUAGAUGAUCCCGAUGUGCGCAUGGCAGCUGAAGCCCUGGGAGACCUGCGAGCCGACUUCAUCAAUUCACCUCCCGCCCGCCAUACUCCUCUGCCGAGAGCCUCGCCGGCCCUAUCAAUCACCUCAAAUCCGCAAGCCAAGUCUGAAGAGCCUCUAUUUUCACUCCUGACAACAUCCCACCCUUUGCUCGCGACAACCAUCGAGGGUGCCACAUCAGCUUACAACAACUCCAAAAACUUCUCCCCCCGGUUCAAGUCCAGCGCCGAAUAUGUGGAGGGUUACUUGACGCCAAUCGCCAACACUGUCGGCACGGUUGGACGGAAAACCGGCGUCGAGGGUGGUGUACGCUGGUUUUUGGGCGCUGGUCGACGGCAUCAAUCUAAUGACAUCGAGGCCGCCGAGGGAGGGUCCCACAAGCGGCGCAAGGUUGAUACGGGCGAAGACCUGGCUAGGCUCAUGAUCGAUGCGCAGAGCAAUGUCAUGCCUGAUGUCGACUCUCCUCGUGACCCUUAUGUGUUCAAGCACGACCGGCGACUUUCGAGGGCUAGCACCAUUGAUACUCUGCCAGCAUAUGACGAUUACCGCUCCCCGGCCUAUAGUGAAAAUGAAAAGGCUGAGCGACCCACCUCAUCAAAUGCGGCUUGGCAAUCUCGCCUAAUCAUGUCAACUUCCGGCCUGAGUGUUGCUAUGAGCGAUGAGAGUCUCAGGAGCCUAAAGUACUGUCUUCGAUGGUUGCGUUGGGCGAAUGAGCACAUUGGUGGGGUCAUCAACAAUCUCAAGACCACACUUGAACAAUUCGAGAAGCCGGGUCAACCUCAACAAGAAGAGCCGACGGCUGUUGCGAAUGAUGGAGACCAUGUGAUGGUUGACAGCCAGCCUGAGCCAAUGUCUGAGCAGGAACGCACAAUGCUGGCGGCCAAGAUCGCGUCGCUCAAAGGAGACGUUCUCAAAACACUGCAGAACGUCAUCGUGACUGUCUCAAGAUAUGCUGGCGGGGCUCUACCUGAAAAUGCUCGUCUACUCGUUCGCCGUCAUCUGACUACUCUCCCCCAGCGCUUUCGCUAUGCAAGCAUGGUCGAACAACAACAAGGCGAGAAGGUUGGCGACCAGGAGGCGAUGCGCGAGGGUGCGCACCGUGUGCUUGUUCUCGCCAAGGAGGGUCUCGACAUGAUGUCGCAAGUCAGUGGCGUUCUCGAUGGUACCAUCGUAAGUGCCGAGGAGUGGUGUGAGAGGCUUGGAAAAAAGAAGCGGGAUCAACGCGAGGCGGUCCUGCCCCAAUCCCAACCCCAAGAGGGCGACGUCAAGAUCGCUCUUGUUUGA